UCAGCUGAAUUGUCAAAAAGAGGUCGCUUGGAAUGCUGAAGAUAAUAAAAACGACUUCUAACGGUAAAUGAAAAACCAAAAUCUCCAAAUUCUUGCAUCGGUUCGAAUUCAGGCAAAACCUAGAGUGUAAACAGGUUUUAGCUUCUGCCAAAUUCAGAAACUUCAAAGUGCUUCAUGAUCGAAUUCAUAGAUCAGCGGCUAGGUUUCCGCACUCGUUCUCUCUCUGUAGAGAAAGAGUAGUUACAGAUUGUAUCUUUCAAAAUGCUGCAAUGGAUGGGAGGAUCGAGACGGAAAGUGUCAACUUCACAGAAGUCUUUGCUAAAGAGGCAAAAGCAAUACUUUGAACAAAGGAGACGACAACAAAAGUAUAAUCAACAGCCAGCUAAAUUAAAGAGUGAUACAGAUGGAGUUGACAUAUAUAAGCAACACAAAGAACAUCGGUCAUUGGAUGUUCUCAAUUUGCUAAAUCUGUCAGCAAAUGCUCAAGAAUGCAAAUCUGCUAGCCCCAUUGGUCAAACUAAAGAUAUAGGUGUCACAGCUUCAACGAUCGAGUAUGAUAUUACAAUGGAUCCGCCAGAAAUCCUCUUUUCUGCUGCUAAAUCUGUUGAAAUUAAGGAAACAAGAACUCCAUUGGACGCUAAAUCUCCCAAGAAGGUUUCUUCUACUGCUCCUGAUAGUAACAACAAUGCUUUUAAUGGAGUUGAUUCUGCACCAGAUCAAUGGAACACCGCUUCUGAGAAGUUGUUCUCUGUUCUUGAUUUAUUGGGUGAUGAUGGGCUGAAUAGCAAUACUGAAGAAAAUCCAGUACCUGAAGCUCACGUUGCAUUUUCAGUUGAAGGUUUGGGAAAAGUGGGAAUGGAAACACCAGUCCACUCACCUCAACAGCCAUACAGAACUUUUUCCUACGGUUGCUCCCCACGUCUGAAGGAUGCAAGGCAGCAAAAGUCCUCCAAGAAUCUUAACUCUCAGCUGGAUGACCUCGACUGCGAAGUGGAUGCAGUGAUGCAAGAUAUCAAUCUUCCAUUCAGUAGUAGUUGCUUGGAUUUCUCAAUGGGUAUAGUGGAUCCAUUAAGCAGUCCAAAGGAGAAAUCGUUUACUGUCAGAGACAAACUGCACCUUGAUAAUCACACUGGUAAACUAAAUGAUUAUUUUGGUCACAGAAAUUUUUUUGAAGAAGAUAAAAGCAGCAAUGAAGACAAAUGGAAUGCUGCGUCUAGCUUCCCUGAUAGCUUUUUUGAUGAGAGGGUACAUGAUGUCACAUGCAAAAGACAAAACGAUGGCAACUGUGCUGAUAAUUUGAAAUUUGGAGGCUACGAUAUGUCGGAUUUUGCUUUUGAAGGCCCCUGUCUACCAAUUAGAAGGCCUGCUCCAAAAGUAACAGACAAGUUCGACAUCUUAGGACCAACAGCUUCUUAUUCCAAGCACCAAACAUCGGAAUUUGAUCAUGUCUUUGCAACUUCUGAUUACACUAGACACCAAACUGUGGGAAGGAGUUUUGAUUUUACAUCUGUAACGAGCCAAGCAGAUCAGUUUUGCUUUGGGACAGAAGAUGCAACAGAUAAUUUCAGCUUGCGGAGUGAAGAGUCAAGUUCAUCGUGUGCAGUUAGUGGUUGGACAGCUGAUAAUUUACUAUCACACUCAUCUUCGAGACCAGGCAGGAGAAAACAUGAAAAUGCUUUUUCUGGCUCUGGAGAUAAGUAUGGUAUCAAGAAGACAUUUGUUAAAGAGAGACAGUACAAAGGCAGGGAUAGCAUUCAACAAGGAAAUGUCAUGAAUGGCUCAGAAAAAUAUGCAAAUAUGUUAAAUCAAUCAUAUCCGAAACCAUCUCCUUUUCUCCAGGAAAAAUUGGGACCAAAAGAUAUUUGGUCCUUCGAGGAAGGUUGUACUACAGAUGAUAUAUAUCCAGGUUCCAGUUCUUUCAAUCAAAACUCAGGCACAAAGCAUCCAUUCUUUGGGUCCAAGUUUUCGAAUGAAGAUCCUUUUGGUGCAUGCCCUUCUGAGAAAUUACAUUUUUCUGCUAAAUCUUCUCUUGAUGGAUUUGAACCUGUUGCAAAUUCACCUUCUGGCAGUUACAUAUCCGAGCAAUUUGCUUUGAAUAAGUUCCCCAUACUCUCCAAGCCAGAUUUUCCUCUGCACUCUGAUUUGAGAGGCAUGCCUCUAGAUUCAUUACAUGCUGCUGGUUCUCACUGUGAGACACCAUCUCCAUCUUCAUCAGCCCAGGAAAGUUUUAGCAAAGAUGUGGAGCAUAAAGAAAAGCUACGAUCAGUCGUGCAAGAAAAUUUUCAGCUGGGGAAGAAUAUUCUUACAGGGAAUGAGGACUUGCUUUCUCAGGAAGUGGCAACAGAUGCUUCCAAUUCAAAGGAAAAUGUUUCUGAAUGUAAGGGGACAAAUGUUACGGAUCCUACACUAUCGGAGAGUGUAAACACAACCUCUUUCCCGAAAGAUGCAGAGGAUACAUCACCAUCUGCAGAGAUCCCUGACAAAUUUGAGAGCAUAAAGGAGAAAAAAGAUUUUGCCAGAGACCACCAUGAUGCCAAAAUUCCCCAUCCUUGUCAAAAGGGGUAUGAAGAUGUAGAAGAUAUUGGACCUGAAAGAAAGACAGCCAGUAAACAAAAGAGUGAAUUUGACAACUCUUGUCAGGUGGUGAUGCUUCAAAGCUAUGUUUUCCAGCUUCUCUGCGUGCAGAAGAUAUUGAAGGAAGCAUCUACAAACUGUGCUGCAAAGAAGUUAUAAAACCUUCAUCGUAUCUGACAGAUAUGGAAAUGCUUUUCACAUAUUGUUCUGAGAUCUGCAUGUUCAAAGUGGCUUGAAAUUCUACAGUUACACAAAUGGUACAAGUUGUCACUUAUAACUUCUUAAAGAAUGUUGGCCAUGCAGGUCAAUGAAACUGAUUAUACUUCAUUUUAGUUCUGCACUUUAUACAAUAAUUUGCUAUUGAAUAAUACAUAUGCAUUCCAACAACAGAA